AUGCUCAUUGUGUAUAAUACUUUCCCCAGACAACAGGCUUGGUGGGACUGGCCGUAUCCCACAACCCUCAUGAGGUGAGUCCACAGUAAUCACCAUAAUAUACAACAUUAGUAGUUUUGUAGCUACACUAAUGGCCAUAAACAGCAGUAGUAGACCACACCUACUUUUGUCUGAUAAUGUAUCUCUGGUGUGUGUGUGUCCCCUCAGCGCCUGAGGAUCCUGUACAGUAAGAUCCUGGCAUCUCUCCAGGUCAUCCCUCAGGAUGCAGCCUACAGAAAGUACACAGAACAGCUGGUCAACGACCGCUUUGACCUCAUCAAAGCAGUAAGUUACACUCUAACCAUGGUCAGGUCCAGAGCAGACUUGGGGCAAAUGUUUUCAAAUGUGAUCAGGGCUAUUGCACUGACAAGUUUAACACAGUAGAAAACCAAUCCUACCAGCCCUCAUUGUAACUGUGAGUUCAUGUAUUAGCUUGAACUUGUAUGAACCUCUGUGAGGGUAUCCCCUUGUUGACUUUGAUACACUGCUCAAAAAAAUUAAGGGAACACUAAAAUAACACAUCCUAGAUCUGAAUGAAUGAAAUAAUCGUAAUAAAUACUUAUUUCUUUACAUAGUUGAAUGUGCUGACAACAAAAUCACACAAAAAUUAUCAAUGGAAAUCAAAUGUAUCAACCCAUGGAGGUCUGGAUUUGGAGUCACCCUCAAAAUUAAAGUGGAAAACCACACUACAGGCUGAUCCAACUUUGAUGUAAUGUCCUUAAAACAAAUCAAAAUGAGGCUCAGUAGUGUGUGUGGCCUCCACGUGCCUGUAUGACCUCCCUACAACACCUGGGCGUGCUCCUGAUGAGGUGGCGGAUGGUCUCCUGAGGGAUCUCCUCCCAGACCUGGACUAAAGCAUCCGCCAACUCCUGGACAGUCUGUGGUGCAACGUGGCGUUGGUGGAUGGAGCGAGACAUGAUGUCCCAGAUGUGUUCAAUUGAAUUCAGGUCUGGGGAACGGGCGGGCCAGUUCAUAGCAUCAAUGCCUUCCUCUUGCAGGAACUGCUGACACACUCCAGCCACAUGAGUUCUAGCAUUGUCUUAGGAGGAACCCAGGGCCAACCGCACCAGCAUAUGGUCUCACAAGGGGUCUGAGGAUCUCAUCUCGGUACCUAAUGGCAGUCAGGCUACCUCUGGCGAGCACAUGGAGGGCUGUGCGGCCCCCCAAAGAAAUGCCACCCCACACCAUGACUGACCCACUGCGAAACCGGUCAUGCUGGAGGAUGUUCUCCACGGCGUCUCCAGACUCUGUCACGUCUGUCACGUGCUCAGUGUGAACCUGCUUUCAUCUGUGAAGAGCACAGGGCGCCAGUGGCGAAUUUGCCAAUCUUGGUGUUCUCUGGCAAAUGCCAAACGUCCUGCACGGUGUUGGGCUGUAAGCACAACCCCCACCUGUGGACGUCGGGCCCUCAUACCACCCUCAUGGAGUCUGUUUCUGACCGUUUGAGCAGACACAUGCACAUUUGUGGCCUGCUGGAGGUCAUUUUGCAGGGCUCUGGCAGUGCUCCUUGCACAAAGGCGGAGGUAGCAGUCCUGCUGCUGGGUUGUUGCCCUCCUACGGCCUCCUCCACGUCUCCUGAUGUACUGGCCUGUCUCCUGGUAGCGCCUCCUGACAGACACAGCAAACCUUCUUGCCACAGCUCGCAAUGAUGUGCCAUCCUGGAUGAGCUGCACUACCUGAGCCACUUGUGUGGGUUGUAGACUCCGUCUCAUGCUACCACUAGAGUGAAAGCACCGCCAGCAUUCAAAAGUGACCAAAACAUCAGCCAGGAAGCAUAGGAACUGAGAAGUGGUCUGUGGUCACCACCUGCAAAACCAGUCCUUUAUUGGGGGUGUCUUGCUAAUUGCCUAUAAUUUCCACCUGUUGUCUAUUCCAUUUGCACAACAGCAUGUGAAAUGUAUUGUCAAUCAGUGUUGCUUCCUAAGUGGACAGUUUGAUUUCACAGAAGUGUGAUUGACUUGGAGUUACAUUGUGUUGUUUAAGUGUUCCCUUAAUUUUUUUGAGCAGUGUAUUUGAUAUCAUGUUACGAGAUAUUGUUUGGGAUGGCAUCUAUGUGUUUCAAUCCAUAUAGAUCAUUUCAUUGUCUUCAUUUCAAUUGAAAGGAGCCUGAUGUGGAGAAACUAGAGAAGAAGAUCAACUGUGGUCAGAUCGAGGAGGUCAUUCACCAGGUACAGAGAGGAGCCUCACUCUUUAGUCGAAGACGCAUCUUGUGCGGAUAUCCUUGAAGUGUAUACAAAUCCAGACAAUGAAAGCGUAUACAUUUGGCCAACGUCACGGUUGUCCAGGCCUCUCAAAAAAAAAGAUACCCGGCCGGUUUAAUUAAGAUCAUGGUCUUUAGAAAUCAAGUGCCAACUGGCACUGAGGCUGGAUAUGUCACAGUCCAAUACCGCGUCCAGCUCUGAUUUAAAAUUGGCAUAUAGAAAAAUAUAUUUAAGAGACAUUAUCCCGAAUGAGAGAAAAAGGGUUCUCCCGUUCCCACAUCCAAUGCAAGCGCAAAAUCAAAUAUUUGAAAACAUCAUAGGCUACAGAAAGGCCAAGGACUGUAAUAGCAUAAUUUAAACUAAAGUAAAAAUGUAUUGGGGAUGCAUGCAGGGAUGGACUAUGAUGGAGUUGCAGCAGAAGAGAGCAGUGCAUGACACUUGUAUGGUAAGGUAUAGGCUUAAUGUUCCUCCUGUACCUUUAUAUCUAGCCAGAAUGAACAGUGGGCAAGGGGUGAAUAGUCUUUCAGUUGCUGUAUCAAAUAUGAAAAGAAUACAGUGAUAUUAUAAUGCAAUCCUUUUCAAUUAUAUUAUGAGCAUUUCUCAGAUAUCAAAAAAGUGCGGAAGAUGUCCAAACUGAUGCGUAAAGGCGCACAGCUUUCUGUAGCCGAAGCGUGAGCGAGGCUACUGUCCAAUAGGCGAAUGUAGGCUUCAAUACGAAGGACUCUUUGGGCUACUUUCAGAUUUACACUUUGUUCCUUUAUAAAGCCUUUGCUUUACAUGCAUGCGCCUUUGCACUUUUUAUAGAUUGCUGCAUUUUUAUAAUUUGACCACACGUCUUGCUAUAGGUUAUCAUAUUGAGGUACCGUUAGCGAAUUAUCACUGCUCAUUGAUUUGGAGGAAACUAAACCACGGUUGUUCUCCCAGCAUGUCACUUUUUUUUAUUCCUUUACUAAAGGUUAUUUACAAUAUUAAGACAACGUAUGUAAACAUCGAUGUGUAAAGAACAACCCUGUUCAGACCUGUUUGGAUAAUGCGUUGCGCCAUUCAGAGAUGCACUUUGUAGCCUACUCUGUAACUUAACCUGUUUCUGUUUUUACUGUGUGCAUUAGGGCCUAAGUGUCAUUUUUCUUUUUUACUGUGCAAAAAAUGUAUUUUGUACACGUAUCCAGAUACUCAGAUCGUUUGUGUGGUGACGUUUUUAGGGAUGGGAGAGAUUCUCUGAAUAUUUAUUGUGUACGGCUGUGGACAGGUCCAGGUUAUCGGGACAGUAGCCUAUUACACCCAGUCUUAAAUCGUUGGGUAACAAAAGUAGGCUGUAAUGAUGAAUAUGAAACUAUUGAUUAUAAAAGCGAGCUGUUUUCUGUCGAUUUAUACAGCCUGUCAUAACGGGAGGUUCAAGGCAGGUUGGAUGAAUUUGCAUACAGGGAGGGACCAUGGAAUCUGGUCACAAUAGGGACGAAGUGGGUAGAUGAGAAAUACAUUCUAUUACCGUGUGUAGACGCAACAAAUCUCGAUCAGAUCAUCUUGAUUGGAUGAUGACAGCCAUGUUAAUGCAAGGUGUAACCACGGUUACCGAGACAUUGUUUUGUUUCUCAAACUAUUUUGAAGCAUUCAAAAACCUCCCUCAUAGUGUAUCUCCCUCUUCCCUUCCCCAUUUAUCCUACAUCCCUAGCCUUAUCUGAUCCACUAAUUUCCUCUUCCCUCAGGCGGAGUGUGAGUUGGCCCUAUCCAGAAAGAUGGCGGAGUGGAAACCAUGGGAACCACUGAUUGAAGAGCCUCCCGUCAACCAAUGGAAGUGGCCCGUUUAAAGACUACUUCCUGUAUUGAUCAUAUGUCUGUUUGUGUAAAUGUGUAAGUACUUCAUUCCCAAUGAAGCAUGUACAAAUAAAACUGGAAAUAUUUUCCCUAUCCUUGUAAAACUAA